AUGGCUAGUACGAAUCUUGAAAAUAAUUUAAGGAUAGGACAUAUUAAUGUACGUUCACUGAUACCAAGUUUGAACGAAAUUAAGUCUUCGAUAGAUAAUUUGAAGUUGGACAUAUUAGGAGUAACUGAAUCAUGGUUAACUGAACAAGUUGUUCCAGAUAGCACUGGCGGUAUGACUGUCGCUAAAACCGAUAAUGUGAGUAGUUUAUAA